AUGGGUAAUGGGACAUUUAUUUCUGGGUUAACUGAUGCCAUAUUUAGUGAUAAUGUUGAUUAUGGGGAACAUUUUACGGCAAAUGGUAAUUAUGGGUCGAAAUUUGGAACGGGAUUAAGACUAAAUAGUCGCCAAAUAUGGCCUCUUACAAGUAUUGAAUGGACAAUUGCUUUAAAAGCUGUUGUUAUGGAGAUUAUAUUUUUAGAAAAGAGAAAUAUAGAAAAUGAUAAUUCUCAGGCAACUAUCGAUGCUUGGGGUAAAGUGAAUGAUCUAGAUAAUCGCUUAAUGUUUGGUGUUAACCCAGAUAUAAAUAAUUCUUUAAAUGUAUUGGAUUCAUUAUAUCUUGAAUAUAAACUUCCCUAUCCGAUUAAUGUAAUAAUAACUCCAAGUUCGCUAGAAAUAUAUAAUCGUCUCUUUGUAUUCCUUUUACGAAUAUUAAGAAUGAGAAUAGUAAUUAAUUAUGUCCAUCGGCUUUUACGUGAUCGACACCUUUUUGACGAUGAUGAUACUGCUAAAGACAAAAAAAUUGGUGCAAAUAUUUCGGUUUGA